CCAAGCCAAUCAUGAAAUUGAUGAAUGAUGAAGUUGCUCUGUCUAGCCGAUCAGUAAAAUUAAAACGCGUCCAAAAAAUACAGCAGAGCAGAAGAGUGACGUGGUGAACCAAACCCGAGAGCUCGCCAAACACACUGUGUGCCUCGUCGUAUCAUAUAUAAAUACCAAGAGGAACAUCGUCUACUUCCCUCCGAUCUCUCUCUCCGGUCACUCGCUUAGGGUUUUUGCACCCUCUCUCCAGCUGAGAAUUUAGGGUUUUGAGCUAAAGCUGGGCUUCUAUCUCACUCCCAGGGUUCACAUUCAAAUCUGGUUUCAGCUAUACAAACUUCUUCAUUGAAUUCAUCUAUCUUCCAAGUUCUGGUAUUUAUUUGUUAUGAUUCCUCAGCUGUUCAAAAUAUGUAAUUGCAUAUAUAGCUUAUAAUUGGGAGUUUUUGGCUGUUUAGAGAUUGGAGGCCAAAAAGAAAAAAAAUUGCUGCUUUAGGGUUUUUAUCAGUUCGCAGAGUGAAUUUGGAAGGGACGUAGAAUUUGGUUGUUUCUGGUUGUGGUUGAUUGUUUGGUGUGCUUGAGAAUCAACUUAGCUAUGGCUUCAUACAGGCCGUUCCCUCCCCAAUCGUCAUUCGGGCCUCCGCCAAAUCAAAACCCUCUUACACCAACACCACCGCCACCUCCUCCACAAAGAGGCAAUCAAUAUAAUCAGAAUUGGGGUUACAAUUACAAUCAUAGUAAUUACGGCCCUCCAAGAACUCAACACCCUCACCCACAACCACAAUACAAUUAUCCACCACUGCCUCCGCCGCCCGAGUCUUCAUACCCACCACCUCCGCCCCCUCAAGCGCCUCCAGUGGCACAAAAUAAAAUGCCUUUACAGCCUCCACAAGCCCCCAUGUACUACCAGAAUUCUCAGUAUUCACAAUAUAGUCACCAGCCUUUACAGCAGCCACCACCUCCGCCCCCACCACCUUUUUCCCCAAGUUCCUCUAUCCCACCGCCACCACCACCCCCGGGUUCACCGCCACCACCCCCUCCACAAAGUAAGGAUGGUGGGGUAGAUAGAGGAUCCCAUGAAAAAGGGGCUUCUAGGGAGGUAUCAGUGUCGGGGAGGGGUGAACAUGGGCAUUUGAAUCAUGGGGUUCCUCAAAAACAGCAUAAGCCUCCUGUUCCUUCAAUGCAAGUGAAGAAAGCGAAUGGACCUCCAGGGAGAGUGGAGACAGAGGAAGAGAGGAUAUUGAGAAAGAAGAGGGAAUUUGAGAAGCAAAGGCAAGAAGAGAAGCAUAGGCAGCAGCUGAAGGAUUCCCAGAAUUCAGUUUUGCAAAAGACACAGAUGUUGUCUUCUGGGAAAGGACAUGGGUCUGUUGCGGGAUCACGAAUGGGGGAAAGGAGGGCUACUCCAUUCUUGAGUGGCGAGAGGACUGAAAAUAGGCUGAAGAAGCCAACAACAUUUGUAUGCAAGUUGAAAUUUCGGAAUGAACUUCCAGAUCCAAGUGCACAGCCAAAGCUUAUGUCUUUGAAGAAAGACAAAGAUCAAUAUACAAAAUACACAAUAACAUCGCUGGAGAAAACAUACAAGCCCAAGCUUUUUGUUGAGCCAGAUCUUGGGAUACCUCUUGACCUGCUUGACCUCAGUGUAUACAAUCCUCCAAGUGUUAGACCACCCCUUGCUUUGGAAGAUGAGGAAUUAUUGCGGGAUGACGUAGCAGCAAUCCCUGUGAAAAAGAAUGGCAUCAGAAGAAAAGAGCGGCCUACCGAUAAAGGCGUUGCCUGGCUGGUUAAAACACAAUAUAUAUCUCCUCUUAGCAUGGACUCUGCAAGACAGUCUUUAACUGAAAAACAAGCAAAGGAACUGCGGGAAAUGAAGGGAGGUCGCAACAUUUUGGACAACCUUAAUGAUAGGGAAAGACAAAUCAAGGAAAUUGAGGCAUCAUUUGAGGCCUGCAAGUCACGCCCUCUUCAUGCAACCAAUAAGAAUUUAUACCCUGUUGAGGUUCUACCUCUGUUGCCUGAUUUUGAGCGCUAUGAAGACCAAUUUGUCCUUGCAGCAUUUGAUGGUGCUCCUACUGCUGAUUCAGAAAUCUACAGCAAAUUGGACCAGUCCGGUCAUGAUGCUUAUGAAUCAAGAGCCAUUAUGAAAAGUUAUAAGGUAACAGGUGCAGAUCCAGCUAAUCCGGAGAAAUUUUUGGCUUACAUGGUCCCUUCGCCAAAUGAGCUAUCAAAAGAUCCGUAUGAUGAAUCUGAAGAUGUUUCUUAUUCUUGGGUUCGCGAGUAUCAUUAUGAUGUAAGAGGUGAUGAUGUGCAUGAUCCCACAACAUACCUUGUUUCAUUUGAUGAAGAUGAAGCACGCUAUGCGCCCCUUCCCACAAAGCUUGUCUUAAGGAAAAAGAGGUCCAAAGAGGGAAAAACCAGUGAUGAGGUUGAACAUUUUCCCGCACCCUCAAGAGUGACCAUCAGGCAGAGAUCAACUGUUGCUGCAAUUGAACUAAAGGAUUCAGGGGAUUAUUUGAGGGGAUCUGUGUCAAAUUUAAAAACAAGACGCUUUGAUGUUGAAGAUACCCUUGAAAGACCACGGAAGAUUGCACGACACCAAGAUAUUGAUGAAUCUAGUGGUGCUGAAGAUGAUUUAUCUGAUUAAUUUAUCUGUUGAUGUAAAUGUCGCUGACUGUCUUGAAGACUUGCAGACUGGUGGCAUCUAAUUUGGGAUUAUUCCCAAACUGCAAUCGGAUGCUGCUUUGACGUAAAGGUGAGUGUGAACUAAUUUGGCCGCUUCUUGUUGGGAUGUCCAUUCGAACCUCAAAUAUCUACCUGUAUCUUUAGCCAGAAAACAUUUUCCCUUAGAUACCAUGUAAAGGGUAAGAUGAAAAAGAAACCUUGUAAAGAAGUUAGACGUGUUAGAAUGUUUUGGCCUUGAGUAAAGUGCUAUCAAGUUUAUCUAGAAAAGAAUAGGGUUUUCCCAGCAGUUCUAACUUGUGUCUGUUUACUUGGUUAGAUAAUGGUAUUACAAUUAAUAUUGUUUAGCUUCUCCUGUGAUUUUCAGCAAUAAAUUGUGUGCUUAUUAUUCUA